CCGCGCACAGCUGUGGUGGCAUCUUCACAGGCCGCCGGACGACUGCAGCCAUACCUGUCCGAGGUCAACAAUGGACUGCAACUUCUCCCCUUUGUGGCUUACGGUGCUUCUCUCAGUUUCCACGCUCGCAGAAAGCUGGCUGGCGUCCAGCCGAGGCUCCAGCGCCACAGCGAGAUCUCUCACCCCGAGCAGGGUUCGUUACAACCAGCCUCAGACGACUCCGGGCAAGCCGCAGCAGAGCGCGCCGGCCCAUGCGCCGCCUCGCCCCGUCGUGGUCAACUGCCACCCCGACUCGAUGCGCGUCGUGGUGCAGGCGGACAUGUUUGACACGGGCCUCCAGGUGGACGCCAGACAUCUGCGCCUGGGCUCGGGCUCGGUGAGCGAAGGGAGUGAAUGCGGGGCAGUCUCCUCGGGAGAGGCGGAAUUCACCAUCCAGGCCUUCCUGCAAGAUUGUGGAACUAAACUCUCUUCGACAAAAGAGAAGAUAAUCUAUUCCAAUGUCCUAAUCUACUCGCCUAAACCUUCACCUGAUGACUUGCUUCGACUGAAUGAAGCAAAAAUUCCAGUCCAAUGUCAUUAUGAAAAGAGGUGUGCUGUUGCUGCCAUUCCCCUGCAGCCCACCUGGCUUCCGCUCGUCUCCAGGGUCUCGUCAGAGGAUCACAUAGACUUCAAUCUGCUGCUCAUGACUGAUGAUUGGCAGUUUCAGAGGGGAUCCGUUUCCUACUUCCUGGGUGACCCCAUUAAUGUUGAAGUUUCUGCCAUUGUGGGUCAUCACAUGCCCUUGCGAGUCUACGUUGAGCACUGUGUUGCCACGGCAACUCCUGAUGCAGAGGCUACAUUAAGAUAUGACUUUAUUGAGCAUUUUGGAUGUCUUGCUGAUGCUUACCUGACAAAUUCCAGCUCCCAUUUCCUCCCAAGACUUGAAGAGCACAAGCUGAGGUUUCAACUCGAGGCCUUCAGAUUCCACCAGGAGCCCAGCAAUUGGGUCUACAUCACCUGCUACCUGAGGGCUGUUCCAGUCAGGUUAGCCGGCAGCUCUGAAAACCGGGCCUGCUCGCUAAUCGAGAACAGAUGGAGAUCAAUUGAUGGGAACGACCAGGCAUGUAGAAGCUGCGACGCCUCCUACCGGGCUGAGGAGCCUCUGCCCACAGAAGCCCUCAAAACAACCAUCAGCUCCCAAGCACGGCCCUCCAAGACGUCACCGGAGGAACGACCCGACCAAAGCCCUGCCAAUUAUUUCCGUUUUCGUCCCGGAGUUCUCCACAACCAGCAGAAUACUCUACAAAAUGAACGAAGUGUUCAACUGGGACCCAUGACUGUACAGCAAUCUGUCCAAAUCAACAAAAGGGCGUCUGACUACAAAUUGCGUUCACCAAAGAACGGGACCACCUGAGACUCGAGAUGGCAGAGUGGAGAAUGAUAUCAUUGCUGCCUUUAUAAAGGACAAGAACAUUUUGGAUGGAACUCUUGUAAAUGCCAAGAUUAAUUUGAAAUGCUACCGUCCCUGAAAUAAAAUCUGAU